AUGCGCAUUUCCGGUCUAUUCCAACUGUUUCGUUUCUCACUAUGCCUCGCGGCGGCCGUACCUUCUGUGGCCACGGCGGUCGGCAAACCAUCGAAUCAGGAAAUCUCCCGGCAGGACUUGUCCGGUAUUGUCUCCCAAAUUUUAAAGUCCAUGGAGGCACAUGACCCGGGUGUUCUUCCGUUAGCAACUGUUUACAAAGCAACCGAGAACUCGCAUGCUGCAUCGCUUGCUAUGAUGACCUCAUGGCGCACUAUCGUCAAGGCAGAAUCACCUAGCCUGCUUGCAAUCGAUACCGAGCAAGGUUCGGCAUUCUUUAUUACAGACAUCAGCGAGGGCAACGGCAAAACGGAAGCUAUCCUUCGAGGCCGAGUUAAGGUGGUUGAUCAACGUAUCACCGAGCUGGAGUUGUUUAUUAACCGCUCUCGUGGUGAUGAUGGCUAUGCGUUCUCGGCCACGGAACUCUCGGAAAACUAUAAAGUGUUGAUGUCGCCUCCAAAGAAUCGAGAGAAAGCGAGUCGGACAGAGUUGGAAGCUAUAGGAGCGGCUGCUUGGGAUUCGUCUGAUAGCCUCUCGGUUAGCGUCGGUGAUAACUGCCAGUUUACUGAAGUUGGCGCGACAAUCAUUGAUACGGGGACGUACGGAAACGAUUCAACGGCACCGCUUACUUGCAGUUGGAGCUCUACUAGACCUACCGAUCUUAACGCGCGAACCAGCCUAGUCAUCGACGAAGAGCUAGGCUUUAUCGUGACAAACGGGGUGGUUCAGGGCAAGGUCUACCCAUACUACGGCAAUAUCUCAACCUUUAUCCCAGACUCCAUGACUUCGGCCCAGGAAGCACAAGAAGUUUGGUUUGCCCAAGUUAAAUCGCAAGGCAAUGUUACAUUAGUAUCUUCAACUGAGGCUACUGGGGAAAAUUUCGAAGUGCUCCAGUUCUACGACAACGCGCUUCAAGCCCUUCAAUUCCAUGUCUUCCUGAGCGGUCCCAAUAUGACAUCGUCUUGGGUGUAG